AUGUUUUGGCAACCCAAAUUCUACGAUACGGCCAAGGUGCCGGCCUCCUACCGACGCAUCAUUCUGUUCGAUGCUGAGAAACUCCAUGCGGCGUUGCAAGAUAUGCUUGGGGUGGCACUGUACUAUGCGACUGAAGAGGCCAUCCAGCUUUAUGCUAUGGCGAUCCCUUUGCCAGAUGAGGAAGAUACUGAAGAUGAAGACUUCGAAAGUUACGAAGGAAGUCUUGACGAUGACGAGUAUCUCACUAUGCACACCCCUGAGAAUGUCGCUUCUGAUCCUUACAUGGCGACAACUACUUCUGAGCCUAUCUGGAAUGGUGCCGUUGAUAGCUACGACUGGCCCAACGUUGAGGAGCCCAUCGAUCCUGAGCCAUGCUCAAAUGAAGAAGGGUUUAACAAUUCUGACAAUGCGGACUUUGAUCCCUUCGAAUCUGCCGCCAACCAAGAUACCCCUGAAGCCUACCCUUGGAUCACCAAUGCACCUGAGUCUUCCUACAACGCCCUUUGCGACGAUUUCGCAUCAUUCUUGGAUUCUCGUUUUGAAGACAAUGGAGAAGCCCAUUCCAACAUUCUCGAAAAUUCACCCAGCAUGCAUCGCAACGAUGGAUCUUCCUGGCAGACAAAUGACCCCAUUGCUUCUCAUGAGGAAACCUGCUCUGACAUCUGGUAUGACACUGGACGAUCUCACUCGGACGACCACUGUGUUCCUUUCGCCCAUGACGGCCCUGAUGACAAGAGUUCUGAGAAAUCGGCGGACGACAGCGAGAGCUCAGACGAGAUGGAGUCUGAGGAAAUUGACGACGGACUUGAGAAGCUAGAGCUGGGCGACAACACCCUUUUCCAUCCGGUAGAAUAUUACUGGCCCACUCACUUCAUGCAAAAGUUCUUCCCGAAGGCGACAGAGUAUGGGGAUUACGUCACGAAGAAGGAUGCUCUGGUUGAAACUAUCACCAAGAACAAAGCCUUGUCGCCGGCCGAGGUCGACCUUAUUCUGCGCACUUUUGUUCACGAAAACAUGGUCCGCAAGCCAACCGUGGACUGUACCCAGCUCUUCAAGAUGAAGCGAUUCGUCGAUAAUGCCGAGCGACUCGUCUUUGCGCUUCAAAGAAACAUCGAUGCAAUCGACGCCGAUGUAAUCGAAGGCCGUCGUCGUCAUCAUAUGGGCCGGGAUUCACCACUGCUGCGCCGUCGAAGCAAGGGUCUUAGAAGCUCCCUUCGCUUCGUGACCAGCGUCGAUGAUGAAGAGGAGCUAGGCGAAGACAACUGGGGAUUGUCUCCAGUCAUGAAGCAGCGACAGCUUAUCUAG